CCCAUCUCAAUUCUAGCGGAAUUGAAAUCUCAAUCUUCCAAUCUUUUUUCUAAAAAAGGUUCCAAAUCUUGAAUAUGUCUGGCCGUGGGAAAGGAGGCAAGGGGCUGGGAAAGGGAGGAGCCAAGAGGCACAGGAAGGUUCUCCGGGAUAAUAUACAGGGUAUCACUAAGCCGGCGAUUCGCCGUUUGGCCCGUAGAGGCGGUGUGAAGAGAAUCAGUGGUUUGAUCUACGAGGAGACGAGAGGCGUACUCAAGAUCUUUUUGGAAAAUGUGAUUCGUGACGCCGUUACCUACACUGAGCACGCUAGGCGGAAGACGGUUACUGCCAUGGAUGUCGUUUACGCCCUCAAGAGGCAGGGCAGGACCCUUUACGGUUUCGGCGGUUAGGGUGAACAUUAGAAGGCUAGUUUGUGAAUUUUAUGAAAAAGCCUUUUGUAGCUUUUCGUUCAUCAAUUCUGGGUUUUGAUUUGCUAUGUCUGCAAUGAAAUACAUCUACUGUUUAAUGCCCAAA